AUGGUCGCCGACUCCCUAGUCUACCACCCCUCCGUCGCUCACUACCUCAGAUUCGUCGCAACCACCGCCGGUCGCGACAAGCUCCUGCGAACCCUCCAAUACUUCUCCCGCUUCUACGCGUGGUACCUCUUCCGCACAAAUGCCAGUCCCGGGGAAAUCGCCCCUUUCAAUGCGAUCAAGAAGCAAUUCGGCCUCGCGAGGAAACUGAUGCGUGUUGGCAAGAACAUCGAGCACCUCAAGGCCGCCGCUGUUGCCGCCGAUUCCAAGACCUUGAGCCCUGUUGUGAAGUACUGCGCCGUGGGGAGGCAAUUGGGAUAUGCUGGAUAUCUAUCCUUUGAUGCGGUGACGUACUUGGAUGCUUCCGGCAUUCGGAAGUUCGAGGGUGCGAAGAGGCUUCAGAAGGAGGCUUAUAGGUGCUGGAUGGUUGGGUUGAUCUUCAGUGCAGCGAGCGGAGUGUAUUCGCUGUAUAAUCUGAGACAACAGCAGGCGACCAUUGAUAAGAAGGAUGGCGAGGGCGUUGUUGCGAGCAAGAGGAUUGAGAAGUAUGGAGUAUCCUCAGAUGAACUUGGUGUUUGUUUACUGACACGUAGUAGGGAGCGUGCCGCACUUAACCUCCAGCUCGUCUCCGACAUUUGUGAUCUUGCAGCUCCUACAUCGGCAAUUGGACUGACAAACUUUGAUGACGGAUUCGUCGGAUUGGCAGGGACAGUUAGCAGUUUGAUUGGAGUGUAUAGCCAGUGGAAGAAGACAGCUUAA